GCUCAGGAACAAGAACGUGGAACCGAGUGACAAGUAGCAUCUGCGAUCAAAGAGAAGAGCGACUGGCACUCUACAGGCUGUUGGCAUCUACAGAAAUGAAGGCUCUGGUGACUUUGCUUUUGCCGGGGUGGUUGGGUCUGGCUUGGUGCUGCAACCCUCAGUCUGGAGCCGCCAAUAUCGCCAGAAGCGGGGAAGCCACGCAGAGUUCUACUCUCAUUUAUUAUGAUAUAAGUACUGUUGCUAGCAAUGCCAUUGAUGGCGGGAAAGAUCAGAACUGGUGGCAUGGUUCCUGUACCGCCACAGAUAAUGAAUGGGAAUCCUGGUGGAGACUGGACCUGAAGCAGAAACACAAAGUGAACAUGGUUGUGGUCUAUGGAAGGUCGGACGGCUAUUUGGAACGGAUGAAGGGUCUCGAGCUCCGAGUUGGAGAUUCUCCGAACAAUCACAACCCAGUGUGCGGUACGAUCACCAACUAUAAAAAUGCCACCACAACUUUCUGCUGUAAUGGGAUGGACGGUCGCUACAUCAGCGCGGUGAUCCCGGGGCGCAGUGAAUACUUGACCCUGUGUGAUGUGGAGGUCUACGCAUGUACAGUGGAUGGAGAGGCAGUCAGCAGUCCCGCAGAAUGUGCUCCAGGCACCGACGGGCAGCACAUUCUGCUGUGUGAGGACCCUCUCCUAUUAGCUCCCCCCCAUGGCCGCAGAGACGAGGAAGAGGACCCUGAGGAGAGGAAAGAUAUACUUGCUGUUAUUGUAGUGGUGUAUCCUCCUGUACAUCCUCCAUGGAUAUAUUCAAAGAGUCUACUUACAAUUUGCAGCUCAACAGAAAAGGAAAGCAUGAUGUUGUUCACCAAUCCACAGGCAGUGAAUGAAAGAGUGACUGACAUUGCGUGGUUCCUAAUGGGGUCCCAAUGGCUCAGGAACAAGAACGUGGAAGCGAGUGAACAGCAGCACCUGCGAUCCAAGGGAAGAGUGACACUCUACAGACUGUUGGCAUCUAUAGAGGCGUGGAGGCGGUCGAGCCCCCGCAGCAGCAGCGGCGGAGGCCUGGCCCUAGCAGCACAGGGCACCAGCUUUGCCACUCCAGCGGCUUUGAGACAAGCUGGGGCCACAUCAGCUGCUCGUCUGAAGACGGACUCUCAGGCCCGGUCCAGAAUGAUGAAGGCUCUGGUGACUUUGCUAUUGCUGGGGUGGUUGGGUCUGGCUGGGUGCUGCAGCCCUGAACCUGGAGCCGCCAAUAUCGCCAGAAGCGGGGAAGCCACACAGAGUUCUACUUACAUUUAUACAAAUAAAAGUACUGUUGCUAGCAAUGCCAUUGAUGGUGGGACAGAUCAGAACUGGUUUCAUGGUUCCUGUACCCACACAAAUAAUGACAUGGCACCCUGGUGGAGACUGGACCUGAAGCAGAAAUACAAAGUGAACAUCGUUGUGGUCUAUGGAAGGUCAGACUGCUGUUGGUAUCGGAUGAAGGGCCUCGAGCUCCGCGUUGGAGAUUCUCCGAACAAUGACAACCCAGUGUGCGGUACGAUCACCAACUCUAAUAUUACCACCACAACUUUCUGCUGCGAUGGGAUGGAGGGUCGAUACAUCAGCGCGGUGAUCCCAGGGCGCAGUGAACUCUUGCACCUGUGCGAGGUGGAAGUCUACGGUGAGCCCAAUAUCGCCAGAAGCGGGGUAGCCACGCAGAGUUCCUACUACAUUUCAACUAUAAGUAGUGUUGCUAGCAAUGCCAUUGAUGGUGGGACAGAUCAGAACUGGUGGAAUGGUUUCUGUACCACCACAGAUGAUGAAUGGGAAUCCUGGUGGAGACUGGACCUGCAGCAGAAAUACAAAGUGAACAUGGUUGUGGUCUAUGGCAGGUCGGACUGCUGUAAGGAACGGAUGAAUGGUCUCGAGGUCCGCGUUGGAGAUUCUCCAAACAAUCACAACCCAGUGUGCGGUACGAUCACCGACUCUAAUAAUAUCACGACAGCUUUCUACUGUAAUGGGAUGGAGGGUCGAUACAUCAGUGCGGUGAUCCCGGCGCGCAGUGAAUACUUGACCCUGUGCGAGGUGGAAGUCUAUGGUGAGCUUGCGCCUGAGGAGUAUGACGUCUGCUAG